AUUGCGUUCUUAUAAAGUUUCCAGGGUCCUCGCCUUUGGAAUUGCUUCUCCGACACCCGCUUUCAUCUGUUCCACUUUUACAUCACUCUUUAUAUCCCUUCUAAUAUCUACAAUGUCUCCCGUUGCGCUUGAGAAGGAGGACCAUACUCGCGAUGCCGAGUUUAACAAGGCCAUGCACGGCCAGACUGCAAAGUCUCGCGGUGGCAUGACGGCCAUGCUCGGCAAGGACAAGGCUGCUCAGCAAGCCGCCGUUGACGAGUACUUCAAGCAUUGGGACAACAAGGCGGCAAAGGACGAGACCGAGGAGACUCGCAAGGAACGACGAGACGAGUACGCCACCCUCACCAGGCAUUACUACAACCUUGCUACCGAUCUAUACGAGUAUGGUUGGGGCCAGUCUUUCCACUUCUGUCGCUAUGCCUACGGCGAGUCCUUUUACCAGGCAAUUGCCCGUCACGAGCACUACCUUGCCCACAAGAUGAACCUCCAGGACAACAUGCGCGUUCUCGACGUUGGGUGUGGUGUUGGUGGACCUGCGCGCGAGAUUGUCAAGUUCGCUGGUGUCAACGUCACUGGCCUGAACAACAACGACUACCAGAUUGAGCGUGCGACUGCCUACGCCGAGAAGGAGGGUCUUUCACACAAGCUCAACUUCGUCAAGGGUGACUUUAUGCAAAUGUCCUUCCCUGACAACUCCUUCGAUGCCGUCUACGCCAUCGAAGCUACCGUCCACGCACCGUCGCUCGAGGGCAUCUACAGCGAGAUUUUCCGCGUCCUCAAGCCCGGCGGUGUCUUUGGUGUAUACGAGUGGCUCAUGACCGACAAGUACGAUAACGACAACCCUCACCACCGCGAGAUCCGCCUUGGUAUCGAGAUUGGUGAUGGUAUCUCCAACAUGGAGAAGGUUGAGGUUGCGCUCGCUGCCAUGAAGGCGGCUGGUUUCGUCAUGGAGCACCACGAGGAUUUGGCUGAGAGGGACGACCCUUACCCAUGGUACUGGCCUCUGUCUGGUCAGCUCAAGUACAUCAGCACCCUUGGCGACAUCCCCACCAUCCUUCGUAUGACCAAGGUUGGACGUGGACUCGUCCACAGGUUCGUUGGUUGCCUUGAGACAAUUGGUCUUGCCCCCAAGGGCACUCAGAAGACCGCCGACAGUCUUGCCCUGGCCGCUGACUGCCUUGUUGCCGGUGGCCGCGAGAAGCUUUUCACACCCAUGUACCUCAUGGUCGGAAGGAAACCAGCGGAUGCUUAAUUUUUUUUUCCUUUCUUGCUUCACCUUGCAUUAGAAUUCGUUUCGCAUCUUAGGCCUGGUUGGUCGCGGGCAUUUUUGUUUCAUCUUUCCAUGUAGGAGAGCAAUCUCCUAGCAUUUACAUCAACGCGCCUUGGAGACGCGGAUAUAUAUAGUAUAAUAGCUGGUAGCAAAGCAAGGUCUAGGGUAGGUGACGGUAACGCGAAACGUGGUGAAGAUAGAGGAGAAUGAAAUACGUAAUACGC